AUGGACAUUUGCAGUUUUUCCUCCGAAAUCCACUUUAUUGAACGAAAAAUUCCUCAGCAACAUUUCUGUGUGUUUCUGCACAGUUUCGACGUGAAUUCAUCCGCCAUGCUGUCACCAUUGACGAUCAAGAUCACACGAUCAUCAUCACCAUCAUCAAUAUCAUUGACUUCAUUGCGAAUCAUGCAACUGAUUGCAAUCAGUGUCUUGCUGUAUUUUAGUGCACUCCAUAGCCUAGCCCAAGCACAACAACUACAGCCCCAAGACAAGAUGGCCAGCGGUGAUAACAACUAUCAGGUAGUGCAACUUCCAGGCCCACGCACAAAACUAGGAGAGGGUCCGGUUUGGGAUAUCGAAACCCAGAGUCUUUACUACGUAGAUAUCAACACACCAGCCGUCCAUCGUUACGAUUAUGCGGGCAAUCGUACCUACAGUGCAAAGCUUGAGGGAGCUAAAUCCAUUUCGUUUAUUGUGCUUGUCGCUGGGCAACCGGAACAUUUUGUGGUGGGCGAGAACAACCGUGUAACGUUGAUCCGUUGGGAUGGUCGGUCUGAAGCAGCACAUCACGUCCGGGUGCUCGCCGAUUUGGGCAACAGUCAAAGUCACGUUCGUUUCAACGAUGGAAAGGUUGAUCCAUCCGGACGACUGUACGCUGGAACGAUGCAGCUGGAAAGUUUGGGUGAUCUGUUUGCGCAGAAGGAAGGGCAACUUUUCCGUUACACCAAUGGAACCAUGGUGGUGCAGAAGAAGAACAUCAGCAUUUCCAACGGACUAACAUGGGAUGAACCCUUCAAUCCGUUGCGCAUGUACUACAUCGAUUCCGCGGCAUUGGACGUAAAAGCGUUUGAUAUCGAUGGCAAUGGGGAUCUCAAGAAUGAGACGGUGUUUUUCGAUUUGCGUGUUAACGGAGCCCAUCCGGGGUAUGUUCCCGAUGGAAUGACAAGUGACGCUGACGGCAGCCUGUACAUUGCUACUUGGGGAGGUUCAAAAGUAAUGAAAGUUGAUAAACGUUCCCAACAACUUGUCCAGGAAAUCAAAAUUCCAGCUGAGCAAGUUACAUCGGUUGCUUUCGGUGGUCCACAAAUGGAUGAACUGUUCGUCACCACUUCUUCAAACGGAGACAAGCCUGCACCGGCUGGGGAACUAUUCAAAGUAACCGGUUUGGGCGUCAAGGGAAAACCAAUGCACAAAAUGAUUCUGUAAAAGCAAUACAUCCACCAGUUUACAAUCAAGUAACUUUAAUAAUAGUUUGCUGCAAUCUUUAUAUCAGUUUAAGUAGUAUUCGAUUUGUCUUUUUAUUAAGGAUGGUUGAAAUCAUACAAUGCUCUUUCAUAACUAAUCGUUUUCCUUCUUCGUCCGAUCAGCGCCGGCAUCGUUUGUCCAUCAAGCGUCCUAGCAUUUGAACUUGAUGAGCAAAGGAAGCCUUCAAUCGGACGGAAAGUAUUCGACUAUUUUCCACCAGUAUCGUGUAGCAAGAGCAGCAAAGAACACCUCGUCUUUGGUGGUCCGUGACACGAUUCGGGUGAGGUAUUUACCUUUCAGGCCACAACAUCGUCAACCUGUUGCGAAGCCAUAACGAACGAACAAACUUGUACAAUAUUUGUUGUACAACCGGUAGAGUUUUCCCUCACAAUGCUGCCCACCAUAAAACACUUCCCGGCGUGGGAAGCAUUCGCGAUCCGACAACACCAGAGGAAUACGUUGGGUCACGGGGUUCAGCUUCUUAAUGUUGUUAAUAAAUGCCACCAUCCAACUUACUUUUCCAACGCGCGCGAGCAACGCAUGACAUGCGUUUGUUCUGCCGCACACACCGGUUAUGGUGUUGCUGUGCGAUUCUUAUUCGAUCUUUGCCAGAAUAUCA